CGGAGUCUGCCCGAGCAAUUAAGAGCUGCCGGCUUCUAUUAGUACAGUUAACUUGGCUAACUUAGCUAGUUUAUUAUGACUAGAUAGAGCAGUACAUAAGGAGCAAAUAUAGGAAAGCUUUGAAGAUAAGCUUUGAACAGGAUAGGAAGAUAGCCACCUCACGGAUUAUUAUUAAUUUUUAUACCCGUGUGCGUGUGUUUGGGACCUCAAUUUCGUAUUUUUUUAUUGUCAGUUUAUUGUAAGACAUUGUAAAAUAUGUCAGUGGUAGGUUUUGAUGUCGGCUUUCAGAACUGUUACGUUGCUGUAGCCCGAGCCGGAGGGAUAGAAACGGUAUCUAAUGAGUACAGCGACCGAAGCACGCCAGCCUGUGUGUCUUUUGGACCACGGAAUCGUUCAGUUGGGGCUGCAGCAAAAAGUCAGCUUGUCACACAUUAUAAGAACACGGUUCAAGGGUUCAAGCGGUUCCAUGGAAGGGUGUAUUCCGAUCCAUUUGUCCAGUCUUUGAAGUCCAGCCUCGUCUAUGACCUCGCCCAAAUGCCCACAGGGACAACUGGCAUCAAGGUGUCAUACAUGGAGGAGGACAAGGUUUUCAGUAUCGAGCAAGUUACUGCCAUGUUACUCACUAAGCUAAAGGAAACUGCUGAGACUGCGCUGAAGAAGCCUGUGGUGGACUGUGUCAUCUCUGUCCCUUGCUAUUACACUGAUGCAGAGAGGAGAUCGCUUGUUGAUGCAGCUCAGAUUGCAGGCCUCAACUGUCUUCGACUCAUGAAUGAAACAACUGCUGUGGCACUGGCAUAUGGAAUUUAUAAACAGGACCUUCCUAACUUGGAGGAAAAGCCCCGAGUCGUGGUGUUUGUAGAUCUUGGUCACUCUGGUUACCAGGUCUCCGCAUGCGCCUUCAACAAGGGAAAGCUCAAGGUUCUUGCCACUGCAUUUGACCCACAGUUAGGUGGGAAAGACUUUGAUGAGAUGUUGGUGAAACAUUUCUGUGAAGACUUUGCUCAGAGGUACAAGCUGGAUGUGAGGUCCAAGCCCAGGGCCUUGGUCCGUCUGUACCAGGAGUGUGAGAAACUCAAGAAGCUGAUGAGUGCCAACUCCUCGGACCUGCCACUCAACAUCGAAUGCUUCAUGAAUGACAUUGACGUGUCUGGGAAGCUCAACCGAGGACAGUUUGAGGAGCUGUGUGCAGGGAUUCUGGCCAGAGUGGAGGCUCCACUGAUCAGUCUCAUGGAGCAAGCCAGGUUGAAGAAGGAAGACAUUUGCGCUGUUGAAAUUGUGGGUGGUGCUUCCAGGAUCCCAGCUGUCAAAGAGAGAAUCAGCAAAUUUUUUGGGAAAGAGCUUAGCACAACCUUGAAUGCAGAUGAGGCUGUUGCCAGAGGAUGUGCCCUCCAGUGUGCGAUCCUGUCUCCUGCAUUCAAAGUGCGUGAGUUUUCCAUCACGGAUGUUGUCCCUUACCCCAUCUCUUUGAAAUGGAGCUCUGCGGCAGAAGAGGGGAUGGGUGAUUGUGAGGUAUUCCCAAAGAACCAUGCAGCACCUUUUUCCAAAGUGUUAACCUUCUACCGCAAGGAGCCUUUCCAAGUGGAGGCCUACUACAACACUGCAAAGGAGCUUCCUUAUCCAGAUCCCGCAAUAGGUCAGUUUCUGAUCCAGAAGGUGGUACCACAGGCCUCUGGCGAGAGCUCCAAAGUGAAAGUUAAGGUGCGGGUGAACCUCCACGGGAUUUUCUGUGUGUCCAACGCCUCUCUGGUGGAGGUAGUUAACUCUGAGGAUGGGAUGGAACCUAUGGAGACAGACCAGACCAUCAGAGAUGAAGAGAGCAAAAUGCAGAUUGACCAAGAUGAGAAGAAAUCCCAAGAUGGGCACAAGGAGAAUGCUGAUGAUAACAUGGAAGAAAUGGAGACUUCACCUGAGGCUGGCGUACAGGAGAAGACUGAUCAAUCACCACAGGCAAAACCGAAAGUGAAAACAAAGACUGUAAACCUUCCAAUUGAAAAUCGCCUGAAAUGCCAGCUGGCCAGUGACAUGCUCAAUCAUUUUGUGGAGAAUGAGGGUAAGAUGAUCAUGCAAGACAAACUGGAGAAGGAACGUAAUGAUGCGAAGAACUGUGUUGAGGAGUACGUGUACGACAUGAGAGACAAGCUGCACGGAGCAUUGGAGAAGUUUGUCACUGAGGCUGACAGAGACACUUUCUCGUUAAAACUUGAAGAUACUGAAAUCUGGUUGUAUGAAGAUGGAGAGGACCAACCAAAGCAAGCAUACAUUGAUAAGCUGGCUGAAUUGAAGAAAAUUGGCCAGCCCAUCCAGGAGAGAUAUAAUGAAUCUGAAGAGAGACCAAAAGCAUUUGAGGAACUGGGGAAACAAAUACAACAAUACAUGAAAAUAAUUGAAUCCUACAAAACCAAGGAAGAGCAAUAUGAGCAUUUGGAUGAGGCAGAGGUUAAAAAAGUAGAUCAGAUGGUGAAUGAGGCCAUGAUAUGGAUGAACAGCAAAAUGAACCAGCAGCGCAAACAGAGUCUUACCAUGGAGCCUGCAGUCAAAGUCCAAGAAAUUCAGUCAAAAACAAGGGAGCUGUUCUCCGCCUGCAACCCUAUCGUCACCAGGCCUAAGCCCAGAGUGGAGCUGCCACAGGACGAGCCGUCGACAGAGCCGAAUGGGCCUGUGAACGGACACAGCACAGAUGCCCCUUCAGCAAACAAUAACAGGGGCACAGGAGGUGCUACAGACCACCCUGCUACAGCCUCCACAGACAGCAAGCUGCCUACUGUGGACAUUGACUAACCUGUCAUGCUUUACUUCUUCCAGGCCUCUGAGUUGUUAGCAGUGGCCCCUGUUAACAUUGCUAUUGUUAUCAUUUAGAUGGCCUUACUUUCCCUGGUUAAUAGUGUCAGUCUGCCGUCAUAGCAUGUUCUUUCUUUUCUGUUGCGUAAAUUGGAUGCAUAUAUCACAUGGCCUGUUGUUCGACAUCACAAUAUGCCCAAUAGGCUCGAAAUUUUGGUUGAAGUGUUACAGUUUUUAGUCAGAGGCACGUUAAUGGUUACUUGGCUCUCAUUGCCACUGUUUGACAUGUCAGUCUGAGCACCUGAGGUACUUAUGUAAAACAUUCUCUGAAUAUACAUUCAAUAUUGAGGAUUGGAAGCAUGGUGCUUUAUUUGAAAUUGAAAUGAAAGUUCUGGUUGGCAUGUCAAAAAUUCUUCUGUUCUGCU